AAAAACAUGGGAUUCACUUAUAUUUUCGAAUAUCUUAGAAGAUUGGAACUACCUACUAUUCCGCGGUUGAUAUUCAAUGGGUCAAAUGGUAAUGAAAAGUUUGACUGGACUAGAACUGAAGUGAAAUUGAAGAGGAUCAUGGGGUUGCAAACAUUCAUUUCUUUCAAUAUCUUGCCUAAUCCUCAUAAUAAUUCGGAAAAUGUAAUGUACAUGAGUGUACCUAGAACACAAUGCCGACGCAGAAGCCUGCGGAAACAUCACGAUGACAUAUCGAAAAAAAUAAUCAAAUACGUCGUUCAGGAAAUCAUUCGUAACAUAACGUCCGAGAUAAUUCCUGAAAGUAUGAUGGCGGACGCUUUUUUCAUCAUCAGAAAUAUAACUGGAUUCCUGUGUCAGACUAGAAAUAAGAGCUCUCCUAAAGAAUCAGACUUGUUGCCAUACAAAUUUGAAGAUCUCCAAGAAGAAAUUGAUCGCCAUAUGUCUGGGAAAAUAAACCAUACAGAACCGGAGUUUCUGCAUUCUUAUGUUGGACAUAUUUUUGAUGGUAUAGAAGAUGUCGAUAUCGAUUUUCAACAAGAUUUGCUUUACAUCAAAGAUAGUACUAAGUCCUUCAUUCUGGAUAUAAUAACGUAUAUUUAUAGUUUACCAGAAGCAUAUGUUGAGUUUUAUUUGUGGUGGGAUGUUGUUAAGAGACUGAUAUCCUACACGUAUCUGAAUGAAUUCGUAAGACGCAUUGAAAAUCCUCAUGGUAGAAUUAGAAUCAAUGCACUCUCGGGAAGAGCACUCGAACUUCCUUGUUCAAAGGAAGUGACAUCAUUUAUGCAAUAUGCAGUCACCUACGGAAUUGCUCAAAGAUGGUUCAAAACUUCCACAGGUCAACAAGUGAAGAUCAUGGUGAAGCAAAUGAGAGACGAGUUGAGAAAUAACAUUGAAACAGCAGAUUGGCUAGACGAGAAAACGAGAACUGCAAAUUUAGAAAAACUUAAAAGCAUGAAUAGUUUCAUAGGAAUACCCGAUUGGCUAUUUGUGGAUGGAGAGUUGGCAAAAUAUUAUAGAAAAGUAGGUGGAGAGGUUUGUGAAUCUUACUCUUGAUCUGCAUUCAACGUUCAAUGAUCAAGGCCAGGUAUUGAAAAUGAAACAAGAUCUUGUGUAUUUUAUUAUGACAAAUGCUCAUUUUUUUUAUUUUUGAAAGCAAGGUU